UUCGCCAUCGCCAGCUUCAGCACGCUGGAGGCCUUGGAGAAAGACAUGGCCCUGAAGCCACAUGAGCGGAAGGAGAAAUGGGAACGUCGCCUCGUCAAGAAGCCCCGUGAGUCAGAAAACUGCCCGUCUGCAGAGCCAAGUGAGAAUGGGCGGCCCCUGGAGGCGGGCAGCCCUGAGCAGGACCUGGAGCCCACCUGCGACCCAGGGAAGAAGAAGGUCCCGCUGCAGCCUGCCAAGCAGAUGAAGGUCACAGUGUCCAGAGGGGGCGACCACAACAGUGAUGGCGACAGCUUCCGAGAAGCCACCAGCUCCCAGAGGAGCAGUUCUCGGGACCAGCUCAGUGACAGCUCGGCGCAGGCGGUCUCAGGCAGAGGUUACUCCUGUGACAGCGAGAGUGACGCGGAUGACAAGGCGUCUGUGGGCUCCGAGAAGCUCUUUGCCCCGGCAGCUGAUAAAGGCCCCACACUGGGCGACAAGUCCGAGGCCAAGGCUGGGGCAGCACCCAAGGUCUCAGGCCUGGAGCGCAGCCGUGAGCUGAGCACCGAGCCGCCCUUCCUGCCCCCCGUGCACAGCCCCGCACCUGCCCUGCCCUUGUCGCCUCACGGGCCAGGCCCCCACCUCUCUACCUCACACUUGGCGCUCCGCUCGCAGGCCCAGCACCAGCACCACGCGGCGGCCAUGUUCGCCGCCCCCCCGACACUGCCCCCGCCCCCGGCGCUGCCGGCCAACAGCCUGGUCAUCCCAGGACACCCUGCCGAUGCCAGCCUGUUGAUCUCAUUCAGCCAGCCAAUCAUGUAUUGCCAGCCUCAUUCGGGGAUUCUGAUUGGUACUUGGUCACAGGCACCUCUCUUACCUCCACCCUGGGGCCCGCACCUAGCGAGCGGCCACCACGGCUUGGCCUGCCGAAACCGGGAGUGCCAGUUUGACAAGUACACGCCCAAGCUGGACAGCGCCUACUUCCGACAUUCCAAUUUUUGCCCGCCCUUCCCUCCAGCCGUCCCCGGACUGCCCGCCCUGCUCCCGCACCCAGGUCCCUUUGGAUCCCUGCAGGGUGCUUUUCAGCCCAAGACUUCAAACCCACUCGAGGUAACAGGCCGGGCCAGUGCUGUUCACACCCUCCUGCAGAAAGCCCCCGGGGUGUCCGACCCGUACCGGACAGCAGUCAGGAAACCUGGGAAGUGGUGUGCGGUGCACGUGCAGAUUGCCUGGCAGAUCUACCACCAUCAGCAGAAGAUAAAGCUGCAGCUGGACCCCCACAAGCUGGACGUGGGCACCAAGCUGGACUUGUUCGGCAGACCCCCCGCCCCAGGAGUGUUCGCCGGGUUCCACUACCCGCAGGACCUGGCCCGGCCCCUCUUCUCCGGCUCCGGUGCCUCCCAUCCCCCCACCAACCCAUUCGGACCCUCAGCCCAUCCUGGCAGCUUCCUACCCACUGGUCACUUGGCAGACCCUUUCAGCAGAUCGAGCACCUUUGGGGGCUUGGGGAGCCUGGGCAGCAACGCCUUCGGAGGCCUGGGCAGUCACACGCUGACUCCUGGCGGCAGCAUCUUUGCCCCCAAGGAGGGUCCCACACUGCACGGCCUGCCCAGCCCACGUGAGGCCUGGAACCGGCUGCACCGGGCACCACCCUCCUUCCCCACGCCACCCCCGUGGCCCAAGCCCACAGACGCCGAGCGGGUCUCAGCCCUGACCAACCACGACCGAGAGCCGGACAAGGGCAAGGAGGAGCAGGAGCGGUAAGUGGGGACCUGCCUGCCCCUUAGCUC